GAGAUUUUUCCUUGGAAUCGCAGCAAACUUCAGAGUGUCGUUGUCUGAAAGGAAUUUUUGAGGUUUUGCUUGGAAUUUUUAGGGAUUUUCGAGUGAAAUAAAAUGUCUGAUCAGGAGGAAUUGAUAUCGCAGUUUAAGGAUGUAACGGGAGUUUCGGAAGAACAGGCACGAUUCCACUUGGAGGCCGCCAAUUGGACGCUUCAGAUUGCACUCACGAGCUACUACGAGGGGGAUCAUGACAAUGAUGGGGAUCCCGUGGAAGUGAUUCCGGAUAGUGAUGAUGAAAAUGAAGCAGCUGGUGGGGCAUCAACGCAACAACCGGACUCCAAUCAGAAGAAAGACAAGAAGUUCAAAUCAUCAUCAAACAUAAUGACUUUGCGGGCAAUGUCCUCAUCGGAUGAAGAUGAUGAGCAAGGGCAGGCUUUCUACGCUGGCGGAUCAGAUCGCUCGGGGCAGCAAGUUUUGGGGCCACCCAAGAGAAAUCCAAUCAGAGAUUACGUAUCGGAGGUAUUCCGAUCUGCCCAAGAGAGCGGAGCUGAGGUCGUUGAUCCCCAAGCAUCGCAUUCAAGUGCUCCGGAAAUGUUCUCCGGAACAGGGUAUCGGCUGGGAAUGACAAAUGAUGAUCACACAGCACUCCCAUCGGGACGUCCCAAUCGUCCACAGAAUAUCGAACCACUCGUCCUGAAGCUCUGGCGCGAAGGAUUCUCCAUCAAUGAUGGCGAUUUGCGCCUGUACGAGGAUCCGGCGAAUAAGGAAUUCAUGAGCAGCAUGACACGGGGUGAGAUACCGAAUGAACUGAAGAAACUCGGUGGGACAACGGUGCACGUGAAUCUCGAGGAUCACAGGCAUGAGGAAUUUAAGAAACCAAAGAAGCGCGUAUCGGUCUUCAGUGGACAAGGACACACCCUGGGGAGUCCAGCACCGAGUAUGGCUGAAACUACGGCCCUCCAAAUGGAUUCUGCCACCUCCACGAGUGGACCGUCCAAUGAGGCUUCGCAGGAAGAGUGUGAAAGACGUGCAUCAGAAGAACUGAAUGUUGACGCCAGUCAGCCAACAACGAUGAUCCAGGUGCGCCUUGCUGAUGGCACACGCCUUGCAACAAGAUUCAAUCACACCAACACGGUGGGAGACAUUCGGCGCUACAUUAUCACGGCUAGGCCUCAGUAUGCCCAUCAGGCAUUUGCACUGCUCACGACAUUCCCCAGCAAGGAGCUGAGCGAUGCAUCGGCAACAAUUGAAGCAGCUGGACUCCUCAGUGCGGCAAUUCUUCAACGUCUCAAGUGAAGAUUUUCCUUCUUUUUUUUUCGUAUCAAUCUCUCUCGUCACAUUUUCCCGGAAGUUUCGAUGUUGUUGGAGGGAGGAGGGAAGGGAGAAUAAAUUUGUCAUACAUAUUGCGAUCACAACACAAUAAAAUAUUGUUGUAAUUAAUUAUAAUUCAGAGAGUGAGGUAUAAUAUACAAGAUGAGGAGAAAAAUUCGCUCUAA